UACUGACGGAAAGCAAUACACAACUUCAUCCAAUUGCUAUAGUCGUGGGAUGCUAAAUCCCGAGUUAAACUACGAAGGACUGUUCAAGAUGACUCACGCAAAAAGCCGGCUCAAACUCGUCCAGAAUUUGAGCGUAUUUCACAGUAAACACAAAUGAGGAAUGAAGCCACGGGUAAUUAUUAUGCAUAAUAUUGCUGUCAUUGAACAUGUUAACCCUCCAUGGUCGCGGUCUGAUGGGUCCUUUGACCGGGAAGUUGGGCGGAGCUGAAAUGCCGUCUCAGUGAGGCGGGGGCAAACGUCGCGCACCGCACUGGGAAAGCUGGGGAAGUCCAGAGUGACCGGAUGGAGCAUCGGGCCGGGGGAAUUUUGGCGCACGGGGCGCACGAAUUUAAAUCUAACGGAACGCAGCGCGCGAGCGCAACGGGACGCAGCAACCGUUAGGGGCGGGAACUCGGCUCGGCCCGCUCCGGCCGUCUGACGGCGAGAAUGUUCGCCGGGAUGCAACUAAUGACCGUCUCAGAUUCGCCUUCCCGGUUGGGUCCCGUUCCCAGCAGCGGACGUGGGACUCAAAAACAGCCGCCGCAGGAAAGAGGUGUUUUUACUUUUUUUUUAGAUCCGAUAGUGACUGGAGUCCAUUCCUGCAAAAAAAAGCUCUCAAAGAGACCGGGAUAUAUGCGGAAGGAUGGUGAACAAAAAAGGUUAAGCCAUCCCAUGCCAGCUGGUAUUCAUUUGGUAUCACAAAACAUUGGAAAAGAAACCAAGACUUGUACAGACUUGUUUUUUGAUAUUAAUAAACAAGAGAAACACAAAUUGAAUAAUAAACAUCCAAAGAGAAACAAAAUUGCAGAAUAUCAGAAUAUAGUUUCAGAUCACUUACCUGCCAGAAGUCCUGUGGUUGAAGCUAUGAUUGCGUUAGAAAGUGUUCAACAUUCCAUUGACUCUAACUAUCAAUGGACUGACAGUCAAGAGGGCUCAUUUUAUACUGGAAUUAAUACUUACUCCAAGCACUUGUCACCAGGUAAAUUACAGAAGAAGGAUGCUUGCCUUAAAUGGUGUGAAAAGGAAAGAGGUAUUGAUGUAAACAAGCCACUAGCUGUUACACCAAAUAAACAAGUGGAUGGUGAGAACAUGCAAAGACAGCAGCCUUGGGGCAAAGAUAAAGAAAUGGAUUCUGCUAACACUUUCAUUUCCAACUUCAAUUUCAUACAGAUAUCAUCAAAUUCUAACAAUACCACUGUUGAAAAUAGAGAAGAACUACAGCAGAAUAGAUUUGUUUUUGAGUUUCCUAAUGCAGAUAUGAGACAAUAUGAUACUAAUACAUUAGGAACAAAUCAAUUAUGUCCCAAAUCGUUAUGGACGGAUUUUGAGACUACUUGCUUGCACACAUGUCAAAAUGAUGGCAUUAGUUGUGGUGCUGACACAAAAUCAGAGAACAGACCUCAGGAUUAUGACACCCUCUCAUUAGAUACAGAUACUUUUUUGGGUUCAGCUGAUUCUUCUGAUGGCUCUUCUGCUGGUUCAUCUGCAACAUCAGGGUAUGAGAGCAGUAUCACGGUACUUGAUCAGAAAUGUUAUUCUUUAAUAAGGAAAUAUGAACCAAUUCUUCAAGAUUGCCUCCUUGAAAACAGAAUGAAGUUGAAGCUUCAAACUUUGAUCUUAAAGCUACAGACACUUCAGAUGAAGGCUGUUCAGGAUGAUGAUUAUGAGAAAGCUGACAAGUUCAACAAGAAGCUAGCAGAGUUGAAGAGAGAGCAGAGUUCCUUAAAAUUCCAGCUGCCUUCCUACCAUCCUUGUAUUGUGAAAUUUCUACAAAAACUUGAACUUCAACUGCAAGUUGCUGAGCAUCAAAAUGAUUGUAUUUUAAAUAAGAAUGAAGGGAAUUUCUCGAUGGGAAGUAAUGAAGAUAAAUAUUCCGAUUCAAUCUACGAUAACCUACAGAUAUCAUGGUCAAGGAGAAGUCAGCUUAUUCAAGAUAGACGAGACAUACAGAGUGAAAUUGCGGAUAUUAAGGAGCGUCUUGCAUUGUUGGAAGCCAGAGACCAUCAACUGAGUAUAGAAAUAGAAGAAGGAAGCAGAUUAAUAGAAUCAUGUGACAGUGAACUUAUUUCUUUACCAACCACAUCGCCUAGUGAAUUGCACGACCUGCAUAAGACAUUGGAAGAUGUUCUGCCUUUAAGAAAUAAAGUCCUUCUCAAUGCAGAACUGCCUGAAGAUAUAAAAAGGCUUCAGAGAAGAGAACAUAUGUUAAGUAUGGCUAUAAAGACAGCUGCUUCCAAAGUCUGCAGCAGUCAAAAGCUGUGCAGUAACUUCGGCAAGAAAGUAAGCGAUAUUGAAACACAACUUCUAACUCUCUUGGAAGCCAAAAUGUUAGCCAUAUCAGGCCAUGAAUUCUCAACUGCGAAGGAUUGCGCCGAGGAGAUCAAAUCUUUGACUUCCGAUAAAGCUAGACUAGAAAAAAUUAUCAACGAUUUGCAGGGUUUAAUCAUUAAUAACAGUCAACAGCUUGAAGCGAUCAAGGGGGAUUAUAGCAGUUUGAAAACUGAACUGGAGCAGGAAGAAAGGCUCUUUGAGAAUAACCAGAGAAAAAGCAUUGUAAAAUAUAUGGGAGUUCUGGAAGACAAACUUCAUAGUUGUGGAACCCAUUUAUUUGAGAAAGUGUGGGAAGCAGACUUGGAGACCUGUCAACUUUUUAUCAGAGGUUUGCACCUGAAAGAGUCCAGUUACCAUGCCUGUGAGGAGGAAGAGUCCCGAACAGGUGAAGAAGCUGAAGCCAUUGAAGUUGCAUACUCCGAUAUUAAGGAUACAGGAGAUGUAUUUUCAAGUGAACAAGAUGGACAUAAUAUACAGUGCUUUGUUCCAGAUCAAAAAGAGAUUGAUUCAAGUGAGAUAUCAAUGAGAUGUUUUCUCAGCACCAAAGUUUCACAGUCAAAGGUUGCCUAUAAGGAUUCUACAGCGGACAUAAGGGAACAGUGUGAAGGUAUUAGUGACAGGCUGGUAUGUUUGGAAGAGCAGUUGCAAGUGGCUGUAAACAAUCAUGACGACAGGCUCACUCAUAUCCUUUUGUGGUGAAAUUGCAGUUUAUGACAGUUAUUGGGAAUAUAUUUGAAAGAUUUCAUAAGCUCUUAAUGUUGUAAUUAGCCAGGCGAUGAUACUUCUAAGCAUAAUGGAAUUUUGUUCAAUUAAAAUUUAUUUAAUUGUGGUUUAUAUU